AUGUCAAUGUCAAUGGAGAAUAGAACCAUGGGACAUGAAGAAAUUACAGUGGGCUUUGAUGAUGAAGCGUUGACUAUAAAAGAGCUACUUGCUGGAGGGAAGAAGCAGCUACAAAUGAUAUCCAUUUUUUGGAUGCCUGGACUUGGUAAGACAACUUUAGCCAAAAAACUGUACAAUGAUCCUUACAUCACACACUACUUUCAUAUUCGUGCAUGGACCUACGCUUCUCAAUUACCCAGCAAAACAGAAAUGUUGUUGGACAUUUUAUGUUCUGUUAAUGUUGUUUUUACCGAUGAAAUCGAAAACACGACCAAUGUGAAGCUAGGGGAAAAGUUGUACACGCAAUUAAAGGGCAAGAGAUAUCUCAUUGUCAUUGACGAUAUAUGGGAUAUUGGUGCCUGGGACGAUCUUAAAAUGUAUUUCCCCAAAGACAACAAUGGAAGUAGAGUUAUGUUCACUAGUCGACUCAAAGAGUUGUCUAUGCAUGCCUCACCUGAUUGCCAUCCUCAUUUGAUUGAAAUUGGGAAGCAAAUAAUGAAAAAAUGUGGAGGACUUCCACUUGCAAUUGUUAUAAUAGCAGGACUUCUUGCAAAGAACAUCAAGACACAAGAGUCGUGGAAACAAGUUGCCCAAAGUGUAAGCUCAUACAUUGUUAGUGAUCCAAACCAGUACUUGGACACACUAGCAUUGAGUUACAGUCACUUGCCUCGCCACUUGAAACCAUGCUUUCUCUAUUUAGGAGCAUUUCCAGAAGAUCAAAAAAUCUCAGUGCAGAGAUUAAUUUGGUUAUGGAUAGCUGAGGGGUUUAUACAAAAAAUUGAGCAGAAAAGCUUGGAGGAAGUAGCGGAAGAUUACUUAAUGGAUCUAAUUCAAACAAGUCUAGUAAUUGUUGCUCAAAAAAGACACCUUGAGACUUUGAAGCUACUGAAUCAGUUCUCUUACCCAACUAAUUUCCAAGAGGUCAAGUUUCCUACAAAUGUUAAAAGGCUAACCUUGAAAUAUACAAAGAUAAAGUGGGAGAAUAUAUCAGUCCUUGGGAUGUUACCCAACCUUGAGCUUCUCAAGUUAGAUGUUGACACUGCCUCGGGAUGGCAAUGGGCAAUAACUGCUAGUGGGUUUCCUCGACUCAAAUUCUUGAAACUGAAGGACCUCGAUAUUAAGCAAUUGAUCACCUGCUCUAGUCACUUUCCAAGCCUUCAACACUUAUCGUUGGAUUGGUGUCAAGAUCUCAAGGAAGUACCAUCUAGUUUGGGGGAUAUACUCACUCUGCAACUGAUUGAGGUAAACCAUUGUCGUUUAUGUGUUGAGGAAUCUGUUAGGAAAAUUAAGGAAGAGCAAGAGAGCAUUGGAAAUAAUUGGUUGAAAGUGCUGAUUAGGAAAAAUCCGUGGGGCCUUUGAGUAAAAGUGUAAUGAUACAACUUCUACAAGGAUGAAGAUUGUCUUGCUAUGGCUUCCCUCCCUUGUUCUGAAUCAAACAGAAAUGGUGUUUUCAAAGGUGCUAUCAGAGAAAAUGUACCAAUUAGAGUGUUUGAUUGUGCUAGAAAUUGUUGGUUAAGUGUGCUUUUAUGUAAUAUAUUACAAUUGUUGUGAGGAAAUUGUUGGAGUAUUAUUCUAUGACUUGUUUACUGUGAAAAUAUAAAAAUGGAGUACAGUUUGUAA